CUCGUGGAACAAGUCAUGGCUCAUUCUACUAUUCUAUUGCUUUUGCUUUCUGUUUUUUCGUCCAGUUUUGGAAGUUAUGUCUUCGAUUUGGACGCCAAUACGUUUGAGGAUUACGUUCGAGAGAAAGAUGUGAUGCUUGUCGACUUCUAUGCACCAUGGUGUGGUCACUGCCAAAGCCUUGCUCCAAAGCUCGAGGAUGCUGCAUCCCAAUUGGCUGCGAGACAUGAGUAUGUCUUUGCCAAGGUCGAUUGCACUCAACCCGUCAAUCAAGAGCUGUGCAAGAAGUUUAACGUCCAAGGCUAUCCGUCUCUUAAACUAUUUAAAUUUGGAACUUUCACUGGAGAUUAUAUUGGCCAGAGAGAGAGCAGUGAUAUCAUGAAUUACAUGGAAUCAGUUGCUGAAACUACUAAACAACAAUCACCUCUAACCGCCAUAAACAACCCUGCAUUUGUCAAUCCUCAACCAUUUCAACCUCAGCCUCAACCUCAGCCCUAUGCACCACCCCCACCCCCYAACAUGGCACAAUAUUUCCAACGUCCAGGAUCUCCAAACCCUUCAUUUUUAAAUGCAUACUACAGUCAUCCUAAAAAYCCCGCCAAUGCGCCUUUAGCCGACCAGCAGCCUUCUAUCUCAGUUCAUGCUCCAAGUCAAGCAUUACAUUUAGGAGCUAGYCCUGACUCUUUGGCAGGGAAAUUUGGCGGAAACAUGUUAGCUUUGGAAAUCUUACGAUCUAAACUCAAGAUGAUUGCGGCCUACAAAAACUGGCAGAAAAGAUUAAAAGAGUACAAAGACAAGAUGGCUGAGGCGGCAAGAAUGAACCCAUAYAAUCGUGCCAAAGUGGGAACAGUCAAACAUACAAUUCGUAAACCWUCAGACCACGCGCACCCUGUCAAGCCCAAGGCAUUUUUUAAGCGACCAAGAAAAUAUCAAACAAAGAAGUAUCCCCGUACAUUUCCCUACAAUCCUMGAUACCAGAGGCGGCCAUUUAGUCCAGUGACAGGACGCUCGUCCAUCUACAAUCGYCUCUGGCAACAAAAAGCAGCUGCUGCUWMCCGUGAAUACCGACAGAAGGUGGCCGAGUAUCAAAGAAAACGMCUUUCYGAUUACAAGCGAUACUAUAUACCUUAUGCAAGACAACAACUAUAUCAGGCUUUUCCACGUAGCAAUAUCGCGCGGCCUUUAGCAGUCGCKCAGCCACAGACUGCAGCUUACCAACCACAACCUCAGCCACAGCCUCAACCUCCUCAGCCCCGACCAGUAKCUCCCCAGCCCCGACCUGUAGCUCRGCCCCGACCAGUAGCUCCACAACCCCAAGCAGUAGCUCCUCAAUCCCAAGUUCAAGACGCUCAACCACAGUCURCCUAUACUGGUAUUCAGCCUCARGCACAAUCCCCUGUUGUACAACCACAAGUUCCAGCARCUCAACCUCAACCUCAGGUYCCUGAACCUCARCCCCAAGUACAGGUGGCCGAUCAACCUCAAUCCAAUGCACCUGUUGUAAAAAAUCAGCCCAAAGCAUCCGCGGAUCCACUGCAGGCCCAGGUUACCGCCGACAAAGCCAUGAAAAAGAAAGUAGAACAGUCAAAUKCUGACCAAUCGAUCAGUGACUUAAAACAUGACAUMGAGAACGCCAUUCAAGACGCUCUYAACAACAAAGCUGACAGCAGUGAAACCAAGCCUGCUGUCAAGUCCGAGCAAAAGAACCAAAAAACUGUGGUUGACACGAACGGAAGUGGGUCUGGUAGUGGACUGAGUAACGUCAGUAUCACUGGAGCACAUUUCGCUGACGCAAGUGGAUCUGGUUCCGGUUCCGGUGAACCUUCUACAAAGAACGACAAAGUUGGUGGUGAAUCUUAUUUUCUGGAGCAAAAAAUGAUUUCGUUUGUAGGCCUUAUUUUAGCGUGCUUUGUAGCGUCUUCGUACGCUAAGAAUGAAAUUUUCACUCUUACAGAUGAGAAUUUUGAUCAAUUUCUCCGAGAUAAGGCUGUGAUGUUGGUCGACUUCUACGCUCCAUGGUGUAGUGAUUGUAAAAAUCUCAAACCACAUUUCGAGAAAGCUGCGCGAGACUUCGGGAAACGACACAAGUAUGUCUUCGCAAAGGUUGAUUGUUUCGGUGCUGGUAGAUUCACCUGUGCGAACAGGUUUGGAAUCCAUCAAUGGCCUACUUUAAAGAUGUUUAAAUAUGGUCAAUAUCAGGGAGACUACACUGGACCAUAUGAUGAAGGGUACAUCGAAGGUUAUGUGAAAAACGCACUUGAUGACGAGCCCGAGCAGCAACAGUACGACUCCCACGCUCCUAACGGCCUUCCACUUAGUGGACAACAGUAUUCUAACGGAUGUUCGCAAUAUGGAUGGGGCUACAACUCGAUUUCACCUCARGCCUGCAGACCACGACAGCUCAAAGACCGCACUUUCCACGUGCUCGAAAACAGCCAAUCAYGUACCGCCACUACUGAAUCGGUUCUGUUCAACGUGGAAGACUGUCACAAAGUUCUUCUUCUUCUCCUUGUGUGUAGAAAAAUUGUAAAAAUGAUUCCACAAAUAGGCUUAAUCUUAGCUCUUUUAGGCUCUGCGUUUGCAUCUGAUGUUAUAGAAUUGAAAGAUGAGGAUUUUGAAGCUAGUGUUAAGGGUAAAGACAUAAUGUUGGUGGAAUUUUUUGCUCCUUGGUGUGGMCAUUGUAAACGACUUGCUCCGGAAUAUGAGACUGCAGCAACUUCACUUUUAAAGAACGAUCCUCCAGUUCUCUUAGCAAAGGUUGAUUGUACAGAAUCUGGUAAAGAUUCUUGCAGUAAGCAUGGAGUCAGUGGAUAUCCAACUCUUAAAAUAUUCAGAAAUGGAAAGUUUUCCAAAGAUUAUGAUGGGCCCAGAGAUUCGUCUGGUAUUGUAUCAUACAUGCAAAAACAGGCUGGUCCAAGCUCAACAGAAAUUAAAGACAUGGAUCACAUGACAAGAAAGGUUAUAAAUGCUGAAACAGCAGUGACAGUUGGCUUUUUCUCUGGUGAAGAUGAUGACCUCAAAAAAGCAUUUUUGMGGGCUGCAGACAAUYUGCGAGAGAAAUACACUUUUGCUCAUACAUCAAAUCCUGAAUUGUUGGAAGAGUUUAAACACAAAGAUGAGAUUGUCUUAAUCAGACCUGGCCAUCUUCAGUCCAAGUUUGAAGACCCUAAGGUGGUCUAUACUGGUUCCGCUGAUGAAUUCUACAUUGAAAAGUUCUUGAAGGCYAAAGUCCAUGGUCUCGCUGGUCACAUGACCCAGGAUAAUCAAGACCAAUUUAAUAAACCCCUAUGUGUUGUAUAUUAUAAUGUUGAUUAUAAGUUAAACCGCAAAGGUACCAACUAUUGGCGCAACAGAGUGCUCAAGGUGUCCAAAACUUUUGGUGGCAAAGUUAUGAAUUAUGCCAUUGCUAAGAGCUCAGAUUUUGGCAGAUUGAUGAGUGAUCUUGGUGUAAAGUUAGAUGAAGACAAAGAUGCUGUCACACCUGUUAUUACCAACGAGGCUGGUGAUAGAUUUGUGAUGAGAGAGAAAUUCAGUGUGGACACAUUUAAGAAAUUCCUGCAAGAWUACUUUGACGGAAAACUAACACCAUAUGUUAAGUCUGAACCCRUACCAGAAUCAAAUGACGGGCCUGUGAAGGUUGUUGUUGGCGAGAAUUUUAAAGAGAUAGUUCAAGAUCCAACUAAAGAUGUUCUCAUUGAAUUUUAUGCWCCUUGGUGUGGUCAUUGUAAAUCACUUGAGCCAAAAUACACCGAAUUGGGUGAAAAACUUAAAGAUGUUGAAGAUAUUGUCAUUGCCAAGAUGGACGCUACUGCCAACGAUGCACCUCCAGCAUUCAAAGUUGAAGGGUUCCCAACCAUUUACUGGGCCCCAAAGAACAACAAAGACAAUCCAGAAAAAUAUCAAGGCGGACGAGAAGUAUCAGAUUUCAUUACAUUCCUCAAGAGUAAAGCAACAACUCCAUUUAAUUUGGACGAAAAGAAAAAGAAGAAGAAGGAAGAACUUUAGACAUUUGCACGUAAAUUUUAGGAUGGUUACCAAUACUGUAACUUAAUGCAUUCUGUAGGCUCGUUUUGUGGAAUAAAUUUUUUCUAACAAUUGA